AUGUCCACAGACGCGCGUCUAGCAGCUCUCGAGGCUCUCGCCCGUGAAAACCAAGAAAAGGUCGAAGAACUAAACCACAAGAACUGGCUACUCAGCAACCAAAACAUCAAGAUGCAAGAAGAACUCGCCAAGUUGGAAGAAGAUGUACGCAACGUAUAUCCCGACUUCGAUACUAGGCGUAUCGACCAGUCAAGCUUUGAGGCCAAUACAUCGCCACCUCUUCAUGAUCCAUCCGUCGCUAGGAAUGUCUCUCACGCUCGCCCACAGCUACUUGAGCGUCCACCACCAGGACCGUUGUGGACACCAUUCUACAUGACCGCCCGCGACGCCCCACGACUAUAUCUAGAGUUCGUGAUACCAGGAUCCAAAGGCGAGACGUUGGGGAUAGCUGUAAACAACGUAGAUCUGGCCUUCAUACUGCAGCAGACGUUGCGACGGAGAGGGUGGGGCGAAGUGACGACGAAGAGGGGUGUCGAGGAUUUCCUGGAGCAGCCGAUGAUGAAGGUAACUUGGACGGGCAGAGAGGGAGAGUUUGGGAAUCUGACCUAG